AUGAAAUCAACACUUCGUCUGGUCGUUCUGGUCGUGAUAUGCGUUGCCGCCGUCAGCGUCUAUGCCAAGCCUCAUGGCAGUUGGAGCAGUAGCGGAGGUGGAAUCGGUGGCAUUGGAGGUGGCGGUUGGUCAUCAGGCGCCAGCAGUUGGCCCAGUAAGAUCAGCAUAAGUGCUUGGCCAUCCGGCGGUGGAGGUGGCGGCGGCGGUUGGUCCUCCGGAGGCGGUGGUUGGCCCUCAGGAGGCGGUGGAAAGUCCUGGUCCUCUGGUGGUAGUGGUGGUGGCUGGCCGAAAAGUUCGAGCGGUGGUGCUUCAUCCUGGAAGGUCAGUUCAAUAGGCGGAGGCCAUGGUGGAGGCGGCAGCGGAGGUGGUUGGUCCAGUGCCCUCUCCAGCUUGAGCGGCUGGAAGUCACAGGCUCUGUCCAGCUUGGGCGGAGGUGGCUGGAAGAGUGGUGGAGGUGGCGGCGGUGGCUGGAAGAGUGGUGGAGGUGGCUGGAAGAGUGGUGGUGGUGGCGGCGGUGGCUGGAAGAGUGUUGGCGGUGGCGGCUCCGGCUGGAAAAGCAGUGGCGGCUCCGGUUGGUCCUCUGGUGGAGGUCUCGGCGGUUGGUCUUCUGGCGGAGGAGGUUCCGGCUGGAGUUGGUAA